UGGAGCAGAGAGGAGGUGUUGAUGAGCAGCUGUAGAUGGAGACAUUAUUCACGCUCUGAUCACCGGGUCUUUGUGGAACAAAACUGAUGCUCAUCCAAUUCUGAUUUUUCAAGGAAAUCCUCAGCCGAUAGCUCAGAUCGAAACAUGGGGAACCGGGGAAUGGAGGAUCUGAUUCCUCUGGUGAACCGCCUGCAGGAUGCUUUUUCGGCCAUCGGCCAAAACGCGACCCUGGACCUGCCUCAGAUCGCGGUGGUGGGAGGACAGAGCGCAGGGAAGAGCUCUGUGCUGGAGAACUUCGUGGGGACAGAUUUCCUUCCACGUGGGUCUGGUAUCGUGACCCGUCGCCCCCUGGUGCUGCAGCUCAUGAACUGUCCCACAGAGUAUGCCGAGUUCCUUCACUGCAAAGGCAAGAAGUUUACUGAUUUUGAUGAGGUGCGGCAGGAGAUUGAAGCAGAAACUGAUCGUAUAACUGGAGCAAACAAAGGGAUUUCUCCUGUCCCCAUCAACCUGCGAGUUUACUCCCCUCACGUGCUUAACCUCACGCUGGUGGAUCUUCCGGGUAUGACCAAGGUCCCAGUGGGAGACCAACCCGCCGACAUCGAGUUUCAGAUUCGUGAGAUGCUGAUGCAGUUUGUCACCAAAGAGAACUGUCUGAUGCUCGCUGUGUCCCCAGCAAAUUCGGAUUUAGCCAAUUCUGAUGCUUUAAAGGUUGCCAAAGAGGUCGACCCUCAGGGCAUGAGGACCAUCGGUGUGAUUACCAAACUGGACCUGAUGGAUGAGGGCACAGAUGCCAAGGACAUUCUUGAGAAUAAGCUGCUUCCGCUCAGAAGAGGUUACAUCGGUGUGGUGAACAGAAGCCAGAAAGACAUUGACGGUAAAAAGGAUAUUAACGCUGCUAUAGCUGCAGAGAGGAAGUUCUUCCUGUCUCACCCUGCGUAUCGGCACCUGGCUGACCGCAUGGGCACACCCUACCUCCAGAAAGUCCUCAAUCAGCAACUGACCAACCACAUUCGAGACACACUACCAAAUUUACGGGCUAAACUACAGAGUCAGCUGCUUUCCAUCGAGAAAGAAGUGGAAGAGUACAGGAACUUCAGGCCCGACGAUCCGUCUCGUAAAACCAAGGCUCUGCUUCAAAUGGUGCAGCAGUUCUCUGUGGACUUUGACAAAUGUAUAGAGGGAUCAGGAGACCAGAUCGACACCGCCGAGCUCUCCGGUGGUGCAAGGAUCAACCGGAUUUUUCAUGAACGCUUUCCCUUCGAACUGGUCAAGAUGGAGUUUAAUGAGAAAGAGCUUCGUAAAGAAAUCAGCUACGCCAUCAAGAACAUCCAUGGCAUCAGAACGGGCCUCUUCACUCCGGACAUGGCCUUUGAGACCAUUGUAAAAAGGCAGAUUGGGAAGAUUAAAGAACCUUGCACCAAAUGUGUGGACAUGGUCAUAUCUGAGCUAGUCAAUACGGUUAGGCAGUGUACCAAGAAGCUGGCUCAGUAUCCAAUGCUCCGAGAAGAAAUGGAGAGGAUUGUCACUCAGCACAUUAGAGACAGAGAGAGUCGCACUAAAGAACAGGUGCUGCUGUUGAUCGACAUCGAGCUGUCCUACAUGAACACCAAUCACGAAGACUUUAUUGGAUUUGCCAACGCUCAGCAGAGGAUCAAUCAAAUGAACAAGAAGAAGGCCGCCGGUAAUCAGGAUGAGAUCAUGCCUGAGAGAGGAGUUAACGAUCGCUUCAAGGUGAUCAGGAAGGGCUGGCUCACCAUCAACAACAUUGGCAUCAUGAAGGGAGGAGCUAAAGAGUACUGGUUCGUCCUCACCGCUGAGUCCCUGUCCUGGUACAAGGAUGAUGAGGAAAAAGAGAAGAAGUUCAUGCUGCCUGUGGACAACCUGAGACUGAAGGAUGUGGAGAAAGGUUUCAUGUCCAGCAAGCAUAUUUUCGCCCUUUUCAACACUGAACACAGAAACGUGUACAAAGAUUACCGUCAGCUGGAGCUGGCCUGUGAGAGUCAGGAGGACGUUGAUGCUUGGAAGGCGUCGUUCCUCAGAGCUGGAGUUUAUCCUGAACGAGUCACGAGCGACGGUGGAGAUGAGAACGGGUCAGACAGUUUUGGCCACAGCAUUGACCCACAGCUGGAGCGACAGGUGGAGACCAUUCGAAAUCUGGUCGACUCCUACAUGGCCAUCGUCAACAAGACGGUGCGAGACCUGAUGCCCAAGACCAUCAUGCACCUCAUGAUCAACAACACCAAGGAGUUCAUCAACGCGGAGCUGCUGGCCCACCUGUACUCCUGCGGCGACCAGAACAGUUUAAUGGAGGAGUCCCAGGAGCAGGCGCAGCACAGAGAUGAAAUGCUGCGGCUGUACUUCGCUCUGAAGGAGGGGCUCAGUAUCAUCGGAGACAUCAGCACCUCCACAGUGACCACCGCCAUGCCCCCGCCCGUCGACGACUCGUGGCUACAGGUGCAACGUGGAGGCUCCGGGGGAAGGUCUCCAGCCACCAGUCCAACCCCCAACCGCCGCGCCCCCCCCGGCCCCCCCGCUCGUCCCGGCUCUCGCGGCCCGCCCCCCGGCCCUCCUCCCGCCGGCGGCCCCCCCGUGCCCUCUCGCCCCGGAGCCUCCCCGGACCCCGGCAGCGGGCCCCCUCCAGCCGUGCCCUCCAGGCCCAACCGUGCCCCCCCCAGCGUGCCCAGUCGAAGACCCCCUCCUUCUCCGACCCACUAGACCAGCUCCCUCCGUCCCGUACGACCGUCCCACGUCUAGAUAUUGCCUGCUGCAGACCCUGGACAACAGCGCCACCUACUGUACCUCCUGCUCCUCCUGCUCCUCCUAUAAUCACCCACUUUCAUGUUCCCUUUUUACUCAGCGAAUACUUGAAACAUACCUGCAUGAGAUAAAAUACUGCUCCGCCCGAGAUAUAAUCAACAUAUAUAUAUAGAAAUCUCAAAACUAUU